AUGGCCCCCGUGCGCAGGCUCAAGACGAAGCGGUUGACUAGAGGCUACGAUCAAGUCAAGUCGGAUAUCGACUCGCCCAAGCACCUGGCGCAAUACAAAGAUACCAAGGACCCCGAAGACCUCCCAGGUCUCGGUCGACACUAUUGUGUCGAGUGUUCGAAAUGGUUUGAAAGCGAGCACAACCUGCUUGCCCAUGCCAAGGGGAAGAACCACAAGCGGAGAGUGAAAAUCCUACGCGAAGAAUCGCACACCCAGAAAACAGCGGAUGCCGCCGUGGGCAUGCGCACCGACAACGGCGUGCGCUCGCAGGAAAUGGUCGUCGACAUGGAAGCUUAA